AUGUCGCCAGGUCAGAAACGGCGCCGACGUGCCUUCCAAUACAGCCAUCUGCCAUUCAAUAGCUUCGGAUUACUAGAGCUCGUUCCUGGAAAAAGCCUGUCCGCCGAUAUUCACUGCAGGCUUCGGAGCCAUCAGUUAAAUUCAGCACCACCAUACGAAGCUCUCUCAUAUACAUGGGGUGAUGAAGAGAGUACGUGCCGGAUAUCAUUGGACGGGUUACCCUUUGACAUCCGACCAAACCUUCGAAACGCGUUGCGUCGCCUGCGGCAAUCUUCAAGCACAAGAACCAUCUGGAUUGAUGCGAUAUGCAUUAACCAAAACAACAAGGAUGAGAAGAGUAUUCAAGUGCCUCUGAUGCGAAAUAUAUAUACUAGAGCAGAACGGGUGAUUGCUUGGCUUGGUGAAGAGAUGGUCGAUAGUGCGGUAGCUCUUAAUUUCAUACCAGACUUGACCGACAUUGCUAAAUCUGACACGGAGUCCAACUGGCUAUUACACAUUGAGGAUGACCGGUUUCUUCGGCGAAUGAUUUCCCUUGCUCACUUGUUCUCCCUUCCAUGGUGGCAAAGAAUAUGGAUA